AUGAAUGCCGUCGACCCCCCGUUGACCAAGAAUGAAUUUGAGACAGCGUUCUACUUUCGCAAGCGAGUCCGUGAAACCGAAAGAGCCUAUUCCAACAUGACCGUGGAAAACUACAAUGCCACCAUUGAUCCAUACCGUGCCACAACGCUCCAACCUGCCUGGCCGCAUCCACUCAAGCUUCUGUUCGACCCUAACCUUGUCAGAGACAUUGAGCCUAUGGAGUCUGAUAUCGCUAAACAGCUCUGGAUCGGAGGCCUUCACAAUCAAGGCCUUGUCACUGUCGCCAUUGUUUCAGCAGAGCGAUAUUCCAACCAGCCACCUCAGAAGCUUCUUACAAUCCGGUUUCUCGGACAGAUUGUUCGUCCCGAUGCUCUGAUUCCUGUGAUGCUCAAGAUGCAGAAGACUCUUGAUAACAUCGGCUGUGAAGACGUUCGUGUUGAUAUCUACAACCCUCGACUCCGCUGGAAUCCACUGUUCUUCGACGUCCCAUCCAGUCAUCCGGCCCACAAAGCUUUUAAUGAGCGCAAGGAAUGGAUUCGUGGUGUGGUUCAACCUCACCUUGGCAGUGCACCAGUCAAAUUCGCCGAUGUGGGAUGGCAUCAAAAGGCAUGUACUCCAUGUGUUGUUAUUCUGGUGCGCCGUUCGACCGAAUUACGCUGGGCUGAUUUGCGCAAGGAGAUCUUGGCUGGGUUUUCGGAAGAUCUGGAAAUGGAGGUUGAGUUCAUUCCGCGCUGGGAUGCAUGA